AUGGCCGACGAGAAGAAACGCGACUUCGACCACGACUCCCCCAAGCCCGUCCGCUCUCCCACGCCCACCACCAUGUCGUCCUCCGGCCUCUCCGGCAACCCGGUCCUGCCCGUGCUGGCCUACUGCGGCAGCUCCAUCUUGAUGACCGUUACGAACAAAUAUGUCUUAUCAGGCACCGGCUUCAACCUCAACUUUUUCCUGCUCUGCGUCCAGUCGCUCGUAUGCAUUUUCGCCAUCCAGUCGCUCAAGACCACCAAGGUCAUCUCCUACCGCGACUUCAAGACCGAAGAGGCCAAGAAAUGGCUUCCCAUUACUAUCCUCCUCAUCGGCAUGAUCUACACGAGCACCAAGGCCCUGAAGUUCCUCUCCAUCCCCGUCUACACCAUCUUCAAGAACUUGACAAUUAUCCUCAUCGCAUACGGCGAGGUGCUUUGGUUCGGCGGCUCCGUCACACCCAUGGCUCUGAUGUCCUUCGGCCUCAUGGUCCUGAGCUCCAUUGUUGCCGCUUGGGCCGAUAUCCAGCAUGCGCUGGCCAGCUUGGGCGGUGAAAGCUCUGAGGCUUCGGAGAAGAUCUCCACCCUGAACGCCGGCUACAUGUGGAUGCUCUUGAACUGCAUCUGCAGCGCUACCUACGUGCUGGGCAUGCGCAAGCGCAUCAAGCUCACCAACUUCAAGGACUUUGACACCAUGUUCUACAACAACCUUCUCUCCAUCCCCAUCCUGAUUGCCGCCUCUCUCUUCGUCGAGGACUGGUCCAGCGCCAAUCUGGAGAGGAACUUCCCCAUCGAGAACCGCACCUCCAUCAUCCUCUCCAUGGUCUUUUCCGGCCUUUCGACCAUCUUCAUCUCGUACACGUCGGCCUGGUGCGUCCGCGUCACCUCUUCCACCACCUACUCCAUGGUCGGCGCCCUCAACAAGCUCCCCAUCGCCGUCAGCGGUCUGGUCUUCUUCGAUGCCCCGGUCACGUUCGGAUCCGUCAGCGCCAUCAUGAUUGGCUUCGUCAGCGGUAUCGUCUACGCCGUGGCCAAGGUCAGGCAAAACGCGAGCAAGAGCGAGGCUCUACCCACGCAGAACGUUCCCAUGAGCGCUAGCAGCGCCAGCAUGAGGGAUGGGUUGAAGGCCUAA